CGGCGCUGCAUCAAUAGUGGAUGCCUAGCGUCUCCGUCUUACCAGCUUCGCCCGUUGUGACAGGGUUCUCCAAGCCUUCUUUCCUCCCGUCCAAGAAACCACUCCCAGCCCAUUCCAGCGAUAUGUCGGUCGCGGAGAUUCGUGAGAACGCGGUGCAGCACGCACAGUCCGUAUUCAAGACCGCAUCGCCCUUGCAUAUCAUCCGGGGUGCGCGCAGCCAGCUCGACCAUGCCAAGGUGUGCGAUGCGCAAGGUGAUCUGAAGGGUGCGUAUGCAGCGUUUACGAAGGCGGGGACGUUGGCGAGGAUGGUCAUGGAUACGGAUGAGUUCAAGACGGAGAUGACUCCGGGGAAGAAGGGCGUGCUCUGGAAUGAGUUCCAGACGUUCUCGCAGAACGACGGACGAGAUCUUGCUGCACGGACGAAGGAGCUCGAGCUGAAACUGACUCAGGUCGAGCAAGCCGCGUCCUCUCAGCAGAAUGGCAGCGCCUCGUCCGCAGACGGUCCGAUUCUCAAGUCGGGAGGCAGCAUCGCAGACCGCAUGCGUUCACUGCAGGACGCAGGUCUCUCAGUGAGCGCAAAUAAACGACUAUCCCGCGAUCUUCCCUCCACGCCUUUCGCUCUGCCCCUCUCUCCCUCCGGAUCUACCUCAUUCUCCUCUCCCGAAGGGCCACUCUCCAGACCAAACAGACCCGGUCCUCUAGGAUUAGGACUCUCAUCCCCCUCCCUCUCCUCCACUUUCUCACAGACUCCACUCCAACCACCUUCCUCCUCCCAACCGUCUCAACCACCACAACCACAACCACAAUCGACCCCCACCUCGACCGCAUCCGCACUAAGCCCCUCCCCACACACCCAACCCCACGCCCUCAUCCCCGCCACAUCCUUCGGCCCCCCCUCACCCAGCUCCUCCGCAUCCUCCUCCCCCCGCACCUCAAUGUUCAACCUAACCGAAUUCAACCAAACCUUUCCCUCCAUCGACGAACUCGAAGAACACGAAGGCCCCGGUUCCUCUCCGCAACCUAUCGCACCCAUGUCCACAGGCGCGUCUACGUCCAGUCGACGUUCAAGACGAGACCUACAAUACACUGGCGGGGAGCAAGCGCAAUCGCAGCGUUCGCCCAUCCCUCCACCUAUGUUCUCUCCGAAACCAUUCCCUAUUAUGCCCGUCAAUAUCAAUAAUCCCACUGGUGCCCGACCCGCUUCUACGCCCAUCACGCCCAAUAUCGAUUCAUUCGCGUCUAGGCCUAGUUCGCCUACUGCCCAUGGUCAUGGUUCCUAUGCGCCUACAGCCCACGGUCAUGGUUCCUAUGCGCCUACCGCCCACGGUCACGGUUCCUAUGCGAAUUCGAACGGGAACGGGAAUGGUGCGGUUAAUGGGAUGGUGGUGACGACGGGGGGCAUCAUGAAUGGCGUGAAUGGGAAGUCACCGCUUUCGCCUACUAUACCACAUAAACCUUCGAACCUGAGUCUUUCCAUGAAACCGUCGCGGUCGCCUCUGAAUGCGUCCUUGCCACUCGCUGCUAAUGGGAACGGGAAUAUCAAUGGAGCAGCGAACGGGGUAGGUGCUGGGGACGCAAGGGAGAAAGUCGACGCGCUGGCACAUGUGAAGAACGCGGCGGACCCGAGGGAGCUGGUUGAGUUGACGCAGAAGGGAGUGAAGAUAUUGUUUUUGGAUGUUAGGACUAGGGAGGAGUUUAUGAGGGGGAGGUUGAGAGGACAGCCGGUGGUUUGUAUUGAGCCGAAUGUGUUGGCGAGGGAGAACGUCACCUCCCAAACCAUCGAAUCCUCCCUCUCCAUCGCACCCCGCGAAGAACUCAUGCUCUUCACGAACCGUGACAAAUUCGACCUCGUCGUAGUCUACGACUCCGAUUCUACCACCCUCGGCUCGCUCGCAUCCAAUUCACCGCUUUCGGUCCUCGUGAAGGCGAUCUAUGAGACCGAGUUUAGGAAGAUAUUGAAACAGGUGCCGGUGGUGAUGGUGGGGGGGUAUGAGGCGUAUAAAAGGGAAGUUGGGGCUGGUGGUGGUGGUGGAGGAGAGGGGAUCAAUGAGGCACCGUCGCUUUCGUUGUCUAUGAAUAUGAACAACAUGAACGCGCCACCGCCACUCGCGCUCGCUUCGCAGCCGAUCUCACCAUCUACGUCUACACCCCCGACUCUCCCCAGUAUCCACGAAGGCUUCCAGUCCUCGACCCCACCAGCUCUGGCUUCAUCGUCCACGAACAAUAGCAAUAGCAAUAACAACAGUAACAGGACCAGUCCGCUUUCGAGCGCGAGCACCGGGAGGACGAGAGCGGGAACAGAGUCGCUUACCUACGGUUCAGGUUCUUCUGCGUCUGGACCGGGCGGAGGUUCAGGCUCGGGAGGGCAGCAUUCGAGGGACGCGGCGUCGAGCGGGUAUGCGGAUCGGAGGUCGUUGGAUCAGAUGGCUAUGCCUAUGCCUGGAUCGUCAGGCGGGUUGGCGAGGAAGCCUGUGAUGAAUUCGAGGUCGCCGAGCGUUGGGAGCGCGACGUCGUUUUCGAGGGGUGGUUCGGAUAAUGUUUCAUCGCCUACGAUACCUCAAUCUAUGAUCGGCAGUACCAGUAUCCAAUAUCCAUCCUUCGGCAGCCGGCCUAACAGCCUCACCUCUCCACCAUCCUCCUCCUCAUCUACCACGACCAACACCAACACCACAUCACCGCACGCAAACCUCUACACCACCGUCUCACCACCACCCCAAGCCUCCAUCAACCACUCCGCGCUCUCCCGUCGUCGUUCGGACUAUAUCGACAACGCCCAAGAAGCUCUCUCGAAUUUCAGCAGCGGAGGGGGCAAUUACAACAGCAGCGGAGUGGGCAAUUACAACAACGGCGUGGGCGUGGGCAGGGGGCCGAUAGAUUAUCCAGAUAUAUCGGGUCAGAGACAGGUGUUGAGGCCUCCGCCCGCGGCGGCGAGUCCGGCGCUGGAGAGACAGGAUACGAGACCGAGGUUGGGACAUGGGCAUUCGUUCAGCGUUCAGGUCAACGGGGUGCCCAAUGGCGGAAUGAUGCCCAAUGGCGGAAUGAUGCCCAAUGGUGGAAUGAUGCCGAAUGGGGGGAUGGGGAUGUCGAUGCCGCCACAGCCGCCGACGAUUCCGGGCCCGGUGUACGCGGUGACGUAUUGGGGGGAUGUGCAGCUUGGGCAGUCGGGCUUGAGGAAUUUGGGGAAUACGUGUUAUAUGAAUGCGACGAUGCAGUGUUUGAGCGCUACGGUGCCGUUUGCGAGGUUUUUUACUGAGGGACGAUGGCGAGCGGCGGUGAACAUGAUGAAUAAGAUGGGGACGAAGGGAGCGAUCGCACAGGCUUUUGCGCAUAUCUUACAUGAGAUAUGGCAAGGAGAGAUGUCUUUCUUCUCACCCAUUUCUUUCCGACGCUCGAUAUGCUCCUACGCCUCCCAAUUCGCCGGGUCCGAACAACACGACUCUCAAGAAUUCCUCUCGUGGCUCCUCGACGCACUACACGAGGACCUAAACCGCGUCAUUUCGAAGUCGACGUACGAGGUGACGCCGGAGAGGGAGGCCGAGCUCGAGAAGCUGCCGCAGCAGAUCGCGAGCGAGCAGGAGUGGAGGAUAUAUAGGAUGCGGAACGAUAGCAUCGUCGUCGACUUUUUCCAGGGACAGUUUAGGAAUCGGAUGGAGUGUAUGACUUGUCAUAAGACGUCAACGACGUAUAACAGUUUCAUGAACUUAUCGCUGCCGGUGCCGACGUCGAAGCAUGGCAAGAUCACGUUACAGAACUGUCUCGACGCUUUCGUCAAGGAAGAAGUCAUGGAAAAGUCUGAUGCCUGGAACUGCCCGAACUGCAAAGUCCUCCGCAAAGCCACGAAACAACUAUCCCUCUCCCGGCUCCCUCCCGUCCUGCUCAUCCAAUUCAAGCGCUUCUCCUUCAAGGGUCCCUUCACCGACAAGAUCGACAAGCACGUCGAUUUCCCGCUCAAGGGCCUCGAGCUGACGAACUACAUGCCCCCGCCUCUCCCGCCCGGUGUUGAUCGUGGACAGGCGGCGGUGCAGUAUGGGAAUGAUGAUCCGAGGCAGCAGACUCCGCCGUAUAAAUACGAUUUGUAUGCUGUUACGAAUCAUUUUGGGAGUUUGAGCAGUGGGCAUUAUACGGCGUUUAUCAAUUCUCGGGGACAAUGGUUGUAUUGCGAUGACAGUCGGAUCACACCAUCGGACGCGAAGGAGGUCGUGGGAAAACCGGCGUAUGUCCUGUACUAUAAGCGUGUCCGAUCAUAGAGCUAGGAAAUCUAUCUGUGUAUUCCACCACAACUGCUAUACUUUCUUUCUUUCAUUCUCUCGCUUUUUCUGUUGAGAACCUCGAUAACCUUUUUCUUCUUCUUGCUUGCUUCUUUCCUCGUCUGUCUGUUGUUGGGCUCUCUGUAUCUUCUCCCCUUACUGUCUCCUCCAAUUUCUUUUCUUUCCUUCAUGACCUCUACAAGAAGUACAAUACCGUUUUCCUUCCUUGCUCCUCUUCCUAACUUCUCCUCUUUUUACUCGGUUCAUCAGUUCAAUUCAACUUUUGGAACUUCACUUGACCAUAGCUACCGCGCCGUACCCCACCACACCACACCACAACGCAUUGCGAUCCCGACCCGACACCCUCACGCCACGCCACGUCACGCCACACCCAC